AUGCGCAAAUCUCGUUUCGCUCGUUCCCACAGCCUUUGUGGUACACCGUACACGCCGGCUCAAUAUCGCAAUCCGCCUCGCCUCGCCUUGCUUGGUUACCAACCUUCCGUACCUCUCCGCCACACCCCAUCUACCCUCCAACAACCACCUCAUCUCUGCUCUCGACCAUCGUCUGCCAGCCACUCGACCUUCUGCUCGGAUUCAUAUCAUCAGUCGAUUCGUUUCUACGACGUUCAUCUACAACCAGACCAACCCAUCAAACGCAACCAGUCUGCUGCUCGUUCUGCCUCGCCGAUUCACCGACUCAGCUUUCCGAUCCAUCGGCACACAGCCAGCGCGAUCUAG